ACAUGUCCUCGGCACUGGCAGGAAAAGACGGUCCACAGACGGUCCACUUCGGAGCUUCUGGAACAAGGUGUGAAGGCUCUUCGCUGACUUUACGACAACAAAAAUGUCUGGGGCUGCCGUGUCCGUGUGCCUGCUUUUCCUUCUGUCCCUGUGUUCUGCCUGUUACAUCUCAAACUGUCCCAUCGGUGGGAAGAGGUCCAUCAUGGAUGCACCGCUGCGGAAGUGCAUGUCUUGUGGCCCUGGAGACAGGGGGCGCUGCUUUGGCCCCAGCAUCUGCUGCGGAGAGGGACUGGGCUGCCUGAUGGGUUCUCCUGAAACAGCUCACUGCAUGGAGGAGAACUACCUGCUCAGCCCCUGCCAGGCAGGAGGGAGACCCUGUGGAUCUGAGGGAGGACGCUGUGCUGCCUCAGGUCUCUGCUGUGAUGCAGAGGGUUGUACCACAGACCAAUCCUGCCUCAGCGAAGAAGAGGCCAACGAUCAGACCAGCCCAUUGGAAGGCAGCGACCCCGGUGACAUCAUCUUACGACUGCUGCAUCUGGCCAGUCACAACACUCCCCACCAGAACCACCACUGAGCUCCUCGAGAACCCAGGCCUUCCGGAACCGUGAUUAGACUAGUUGUAAAAUAACUCUUUGUACGUUUACCUUGGUCGUUCUUUGUCCGUCUCAGAAUGUUCUCCGUCUGUACUUCUGUACAGCGCCUUUGUCGAUAUAUUUUUCUGUAUGAAAACGGGUAUGAAUAUGGAACAUGGUCAUCCAGAUAUCUGCGUGUUGAAAUAAACUUUCAGAGAGUAUAAA